CUUACGAAUAGAAUCAGAUGACAAUCAUCACGUCUGAACCAAGUGAUGCCAUUACUUUAUUGUUCAGAUCAGGACACAGAAGUGGCCUAAUAUAGGACGAUGGCUUUUUGUAACAGUUAUUUUUCGGGACUCGUUUCGUCGAAAGUUACUACUGUUGAUGUGAUUCUGACAUUCAUGAUGUGUUUCAGCCAAGUAUUGUCUGAUUGCCCUGAAGGAUGGGGUGAAUUUUCGUCCAGUUGCUACUACUUUCAUGCCGGUAGCAUGAGCUGGGACACAUCGUUUACAACAUGUCAAAAUCAAGAAGCUUUGAUAGUUGAGAUAACAUCCACUGAGGAGAACACGUACGUCAAUAGCAUCUCGAACGGACAGUCUAUAUGGCUUAAUUGCAGAGAUGAUGUUACAGAGGGGGAAUACCUAUGUGGAGAAGAUGACCAUCCAGUCACUUACACAGCUUGGGGCCCUUUAAAGCCAUCCGGUAUACCUGCUUUUGACUGCGUGUAUUUUCUAGCUGGGUCUUGGAGCGAUGCCAAUUGCGCAAUCCCGAAAUCGGUCGUCUGCGAGAAGGACAAUGAUCUACCUGUACCAACAACGGAACAGUCAAUGUCCACAGUCCCAGUCACUACAGAGUGCCCGAUCACUACCGAAGGCCCGAUCACUACCAAUGGCGCGAUCUCCACCGAGAAGGCUGGGAUCGACGAAGAGCAAAUAAUUGCUAGUGCCUACAUGCAAAAAGAUUCAACCCGUCCAGGAUAUUGCCUAGUUGGUCACGUGAUCAAAGACAUCCAAUCAUCAUCUUUGAUCCGUUGCUUAGACAGCUGCAUCAGGUUACCAACUUGUUCAUCAAUGAAUGUUAACUCGCAUGAAGGAACGUGUCAACUUAACAACUCAACUAGAACAGUGUCCAGCUCAGACUUCAAAAGAGUAGAUAAUUGUGAAUAUUUUGAGUAUUUCUUGUCAUGAAUUACUUUAUCAACAAAAGCAUAAAACAUGAGUUUGAGUUGGUUAUUUUUCUUCUGGUAUCUGUUAACCAAGGUGUUAAAAUCAGGCAAGCCGUUUUGUAGUCAGCAAUUUUCUUAAAAAGUGAUCUCAUGUAUAUAACACAGAUACAACUAAUAAUACAACACGUUUAUCAUACUGUGAAUUUUUUUUUUUUCUUUCCACAAAAAAUAUUAGCAUUUUGUGCAAAAAAAAAAAUACAUUAUAUUUUUUGAGUUAUUCAAAAAGAAGCAGCUAUUUUGGUAGCUAUUAUAGGGAGGGACUUUGACGCCAACCCCCCCCCCCCCAAAAAAAAAAUAGAUUCUACGAGAAAGUAGGACCUAUACAAUAUUUUACAGAGAAGUCCUGCCUCAAAAACAUCUUUUUCAGCUCCUUAUUUCUUGUUUAAAAUAACGGACGGUAACUGCACGAAUCGAGCUAAUAAAAUAAUUUUAAACAUAAAUAGCCUACGGUAAUAUAAGAGGUGUUAUCUAUUUCACAACGUGUCACAGACUGAGUUGGCCUCAAUUGACAAUUUCCAUAUCCAUGAGAAACGGUCCCGCAUAAUAUCGAGGCAAAUCGCUCCCAUAUACCUUUUCAACUAAUUCCCCUUCUAGAAGUACGAUAUCGUCGCCAUCAUCAUUGACUGCAUACAGGUGCCGUUCACCAGCCACAAAAUACAAUCUACAGUUGUAAGUGGAAAUUGCAAAUGGAAAAUCCACCAUAUCGUGCAUGGGAAUCGUUUUCUCUAUGGGUUUAAAUUCCGUAUCAGUAUCUGCAUAGAAUAUCCUGUUAACAGAUGCAUACGUCCAAUAGACACGGGAUUCUGUACAUAAAAAUAAUUUUGAAAAAUGAGAGAGAGGGGGGGGGGGGUGUUACCAAUCUUACGAAUAAUUUUUAUCGAUAGCCUCGUCGACCUGGUUUGCCAUCACUGACAAUCAUGCUGACAGUGGUAAUAACAAUGAUAAUAAUUUUUAUACUAGUACCGAUGAUAAUAAUAAUGAUGAUAUAAGAAUAGUAGUUAUUACCAUUAUCAUGUUUAUCAUUAGCAUACUGUUAAUAUUGUAACAAUAGUUAUAACAAAAUUAUUAUGACAAGAGCAUUAAUGAUAAUAGAAAUAACAAUAGCAGUUCUGGUGGUUUGGGUUUAUUGGGGUGAUAUACAAUUAAAAAAAAUCAUCAGGAUCAUUCUGCAUGGAAAUAAUUUCAUCAAUACCGUUUAUAAUUAUGCAAUAUAUUUCUUAUAUAUUUAAUUAUGAUAACAAGUUUAAUAACUAUAAUAUGAAAAAUAGAUAUGCAUACCUUAUUACUACCACAGUAUAAUUGUUUGAAGAACGAAUAUAGCUAUCAUUAUCACUGUUUGUUUUUUGCAUUGUUACGAUCACAAUUGUCUUCAUUAAUUGCUUUGUACUGAACGCUGCUUGAGCAAAGGUGUGAUAAUAAUGUUAACACUUUGUAUAUCUUCGGGGGAAAAGCGCUCUGUAAAUCAAACUGUUUUUGUUAUUGCCAUUAUUCACCAUCGACAUUAUAAUUUUAAACGGAGAGGGCUGAAUAAUCAUUAUUCAGGCUUUAAUGAGACUCACCUUGAGAAAUGAAUAGGAGACUGAUGGGUGGUUUCGCCAGGCUUCUUAUAACAGUCUUUUUCUUCCCAGUAACCAUGUUCUCUUUAGUAAUUCUCCCUUUGUUAUUGAUUUGAGAUCCCAGUAAAAGAUCACUGUAUUGUAUAAAAUAUAGAUAUAGGUUAGUGGAAAAAUAAUCCUACCGGAAACCUACAACUAGCUACAAUUGUACAUACGGAGAGAGAGAGAGAGGGGGGGGGGGUGAGAAAGAACGAUGACACGAAGGAACACAAUCGCGAAAUCCCUCAAUCAAUCAAUUAAACAUUUUCGAUUUCUUUAUACACAUUAUAAAAUAGAGACUAUUCUACAGUAUACUUUGUAUAGCAUGCAUGAUUCGAUAUAAGGACGAUUAAACGGAGAAAGAUAUAAAUGUCUAAUUAUAGCGCCUUCUUUUGAAAAAAAUCUGUUCAUGUCAUUUACAUUAAUAAUAAAUAUUUUCUGGUAUAUACCAAAUUGUCUCCUCCUUUUUUUACUCGGAAACAUGGUGCGAUUUUGGAACCAGUGGGAUUUGAACUUAAAUCUACUUGAAUUUAAUACUAUUUGAAAGCCAAAAAAUGUAUAUGUUCAAUAUGAAGCCUCAUUUAACCUUGGUGAAUAUCCGUACCUUGUCUCAAUGUCGAAAUAAAUUGAAAAUGGGAUCAAUCCUGACAAAUCAAUUUCACGCAGAUAAGUGCCAUUAAAAUGUGUCACGUGAAGUUUUUGGUAGUAUUCAAUCCAAUAGAUAUGAUGCUGCUGAACAUCCAGUGUCAUUUCUAUGAUAUCUGUAAAUAAAAAUAUUGAUUCAUUAAGGAUAUUAUAUUGUAA